AGAGGAGCUCCCGAUAUGCGCGGCUGUUGUGCCGGAGACUGAGUAAACACGCCGGGGUUCGCUGCGGAAAGGUGACCCGCAUGUCCCCCGUCCCUUGAUAGGGCGCGCGCACACGUCCAACUGUCGCGCCACGCGGCCACACGAAGGGUUUCGCGCGUACACCGCCCCCACUUUCCUUUCUCCGGUGCCCUCUCUACUCGCCCGAUUAAAUCGCGUCCCACGUGACCACAACAAACGAAGCCAUCGUCCAGCGCGCACAAGUUUUAGCGCGUUCAACCCGAGUGCAGAGAACGUAGAGCGAAUGAGUGUGCUACAGCGGUGCACUGCAGUAUGGUUGGGGUUCCUGUCAGCGCCAUAGCACCGAGCAUCCUAGAGUCCAUCAAGCACAGAUCCAAGGCACCUCCGGCGGAAUACCGCAACGGUGUCAGCCGGCGCUCCUCUCCUUCCGCGGCGCCGUCUCCCGAUGGGGCCGCUGCGGUCGUCGUCGGCGAUGGAGGCGCCCCUAACGGCGGCGAAAACGGCUGCGGCAUCGCGGUCUCCGCCGACGCCGCGAUGGCGGCUGCUGCCCCGCGCCGCAUCGCUGCCUCCGCAGCCGAUUUGCAGCAGCAGCAGCCUCCUCAGCCAACGUCAGCGGCAGCCACACCGACGGAAGAGCCGGCGCCCGUCUGCCCCGCACCGGUGGCCGAGGCGUCGGACCGGCUUCGCCCGAGGCCGGCAGCCUCGCCACCCGCCACGACACCAGCGGCCAACGCAAUGGCAGCCACGGUGGUGACGUCGGCCGAGCCGGACGCCGCGUCCAACGCUGAACCGACCGGCCAGCGGACUCGCCGCCGCAAGAAGAGGAAACCUGAGGGCUCCCCAACUCUCCAAGUGUCGCUGCAUAGCAAUCGGCAUGAAGCUGCCAGGUGUCCAUCGCCAUCAAGCCCAAGUCAGAGUCCACAGUUGGGCGCUCGGUCCCCGUGUUUUGAUGUGGAGCGCACAGCAACCUCUGUUGCUACUGUGCCAUCACCCGAUGCUUCUUCAGAGAUUGCGACUGCUGUAGGCGACAGCCAAGGAUCUCUGGAUCGGGCGUCGGACUCGUCCCGGUCUUCGCAGCCUCUACCACCACCCUCUCUCCUUGGCUGUCCUUAUGAAAUCGGGACGUCGCCACGGCCUAGUCCGGAAGGGACGCGUGAUCCCUUAUCUCGAAGCCUUGAAAAAUCUACAGACAGUAAAGGAAGCAACAAGAUGCUUGAAAAGAAAAAGAAGACUUCAUCCUGGUAUAAUAUGCUGAAUCCGACGUACAAGUCGCGCAGUGAAGACUUCAAACGGCUCUUCAAGGACUUGCCAGAGACGGAGCGACUCAUUGUCGACUACUCAUGCGCCCUGCAGAGGGACAUCCUUGUGCAUGGGCGACUGUAUGUGACGCAGAACUUCAUCUGCUUCUACGCCAACAUAUUCCGCUGGGAGACAAAUGUUGUGAUCCGGUGCAAGGACGUCACCAGCAUGACUAAGGAGAAGACUGCCCGAGUUAUUCCCAAUGCAGUUCAGGUAUGCACAGACCACGAGAAGCACUUCUUCACAUCAUUUGGGGCACGGGACAAGACGUACCUUAUGCUGUUCCGGAUCUGGCAGAAUGCGCUGAUGGAACAGCCCAUGUCAACACAGGAACUGUGGCAGUGGGUCCACUACAGUUACGGAGAUGAGCUGGGGCUGACGAGUGACGAUGACGACUACGUCGCACCGCCAUAUCUGGAGGACGAAGCACGCCGAGGACGGCUUGCCGCUGCCCUCAAGGCAGGUCCUCAGCCACCUAGCCCCUUUGAGGAACUUCCCAAUGAGGAAGAGGAUGAAGACGAAGCCUCAGGACCUGAAAUGUUUGCUAGUGCUCGAGAAGCUCAGCACUCGGAGAUGCCAACGGACGUGAGCGACUCUAGCGACACGGCCGAGCCACCCGAGUGCCCGUCAACGCACGAAGGCAGGCAGAUUCUAAACCUGACCCUGCCAAUGUCUGUGGACCAGCUGUUUACACUUCUGUUCACGGGGUCGCGCUUCUUCCACGACCUGCUGACUUCGCGCAAGACGUACGAUGUCACCGAGAGCAACUGGCAGCCCUGCCCCGAGACGGGAAACCAGCUUCGCCAGCUCACCUACACGGUCACCCUCAACCAUGCCAUGGCCAAGGCUGCCCAGACAACUGAGACGCAGAUCCUGCACAAGGCAAGCCGUCCGGGCCAUGUUUAUGCCAUUGACUGCGACGUGCAAAGCACAGGCGUGCCAUACUGUGAUGCCUUCUGCGUCAAAUCCCACUACUGCCUGGCUCGGCUGUCCGACAACCGUUCUCGCCUGUGCAUAUACGGUUGUGUUCGCUACAAGAAGUCCGUCUGGGGACUUGUCAAAGCUGUGAUAGAGAAGAAUACCCUUCAGGGUCUGGAAGGCUUCUGCAAUGAUCUCGAGUCGGCGCUGCUGCGGGAAGCUGAACGACUUCAGCCGUCUGGCAGUAAACUAAAACAGCGGCGGCGGCGUCUUCAGUGUAACAACCGUAGCAACAGCAACCGUGAUCGUUCCAGCAGCUCCCAGGCUGGAUUUGGUUCCUCCUUCGGACUUGCCAGGGUCUCUGAAGGUCGUCGUCUGGCAACUAGCACGGCUGUCAAGCUCCUGCUCGUGCUGGUGAGCUUGGUACUGCUGAUGAACGUAGCGUUACUCUACUGGUUGUGGACGUCAGCUGCUACAUCUGAUAAACCGCCCGCACUCGACGUCUGGAUGCUCGAGCCACCUCCGCAGAAUGCUCAAGACUGGGUGCGCCUCAUGUCUCAGAGAGAGGCAUUCCAUCGACAGCGUCAUGACCUGUGGCAACGUGCCCUGCAUGACCUGAGGCACCAGCUGCACACGAUGGAGUCUUCGUUGCAGCAGCUGCAGGAUACCCUGCGGGUAGUCCCGGUUACAAACAGCAGUGUUCCGUCGCCCACUGCACCUUCUACUUCUUCGUCCGGCGACUUAUGACGCAUCAUCUAGUCCAUGAAGGUAGAGGGGAGGUGUCUCUUGUCCUCUUCAUCACCGUCCCUCCUCCUCUCCUGCCUUCGAAGCAGCAGCUUGCCUGCACCAGAGAAUGUAUGUGUGUGUGUGCGUGCACGGCCACGUGUGAUAGAGAGCAGGGGGACACUCCCUGCUGUGCAGGGUCGCACCCCCGACUAGGUUGUGCCCUCCUAGUCUCUCUCUGCUGGCACCAACCUGUCCUGCCCGGAAGCUGUGUUGAGGUGCAGACUGUGCCGCAGAAACGUCUACGACAGCAGGCAGCACAAAAUUUGCAGGGCUAUUUUUGAAAUGGACAGGCACGCAAGCAUCCGAACUAGUAGCUGAGCGUAUUGUAGUAUAAGGGAAAUGGGCAUCAUAUAUCUUUUGAAUGGAGGCACACACUUGACGAAUGUACGAUAGCGAAGCAGCCACAUGAUGCCCGUACAAGCUAAAAGCUAAGGUAUACACUCAAAAGUGCACCAGUGGCAGUGAUCUUUCAGUUGUUUAUCAAGAACAGAAUGCAUUCUUUCUUUUUUUGUGUGUGUGUAGGUCAGGAUCGUUAUCGUAUUGUGGCAAAAUGGGAUCCAGUUACUAGACGUGACUCGUGUGUCUGCUCCUGAUAGUCCUGUUUUGUGCUGUUCUCUUUGUCGAGACAUCUGCAUGUACUAGCGUGCCAGUCCCACCACAAACGCAGCUUUGGCCUCCUGGGCAGUCGUCCUCGUCAGCAGAGUUAGCAGCGGCAGUGGCCAUGCCCCUUGCGGGCCAACGUGCCUGGCAGCCGGUCUGACGGGCACCGUUCCCUAUUAUGGAAUGAGGGAGUGGCCUCUCCUUCCUCAACCCCCACCAAUCGACCUCAACAAGUCAUGCCCGAUUUGUGUACGACGUGUCGAGACGCUACAGAGUAUUUUGUUGUUUCGCUCUUGUUGCUUAAAUUUAUGAGGUGUAGUUUUGACGUUGUUGGUUGAAUUUUGCAUGUUUCAAAGUAUGUCUACCUGGCAUAGCUUACCAAGCCAAAGCCUGUCGUGUCACUUUCUCCCCAAUACACAUGAUCAUAGACCUGUAAUUUAAGGGCAAUAAAAUAUUUUUCUUGUAUUCUUC